AGUCCGGUAGCGCUGUAGAGUGUGUCCCAGAGUCUGACAGUCAGGGAGGCAGUGUCGACAAAGGCAAAACAUAAGCGCGGAACAUAAUGGCUGCCAUAAUGCUGAGCUCAAUGCGGAACUGCUCUGUCGGCCCUUCAUGGGCAUUACGGUUUGGGGCACGAGGUCUCAGUUCGACAGCUCAGCUUCAGGCUCAGGUUCAGACAAAGAGCAAGAAGACACUCGCUCGACCUGGUGUGAAGAACAUCGUGCUGGUGGAGGGAGUUCGAACCCCUUUCCUCUUGUCUGGAACCACAUACGCUGACCUAAUGCCACAUGACCUGGCGAGAGCAUCUCUGCAGGGUUUGCUGAACAGAACAGGCAUUUCCAGAGACUCUGUAGACUACAUCAUCUAUGGAACUGUCAUCCAGGAGGUUAAAACCAGCAAUGUAGCAAGAGAGGCAGCUCUGGGUGCAGGCUUCUCCAACAAGAUCCCAGCUCACACCGUCACCAUGGCUUGCAUCUCCUCCAACCAGGCAAUGACCUCGGCUGCUGGUCUGAUUGCUGCAGGCCAGUGUGACACCGUUGUGGCAGGCGGGGUGGAGUUCAUGUCUGAUGUUCCGAUCCGUCACAGCCGUAAGAUGAGGAAGACCAUGCUGUCCCUCAACAGAGCAAAGACCCUCGGACAGAGGCUCAGCUUGAUCGGCAGCAUCCGACUUGCCCACCUCACUCCAGAGCUCCCAGCUGUAGCCGAGUUCUCCACAGCAGAAACCAUGGGCCACAGUGCCGAUCGUCUCGCUGCUGCGUUCGGGGUCUCCAGAUUGGAGCAGGACGAGUUCGCUCUGCGAUCACACACGCUGGCUAAAAAGGCCCAGGACGAAGGUCUGCUGCAGGACGUCAUCUCCUUUAAAGUUCCAGGACGUGACAUUGUUUCCAAGGACAACGGCAUCCGUCCGUCCUCCAUGGCACAAAUGGGCAAACUAAAGGCUGCCUUUGUUAAACCUCACGGCACAGUCACCGCUGCCAACUCCUCCUUCCUGACUGACGGUGCCUCUGCUGUGCUCAUCAUGUCUGAAGAGAAGGCUUUGGCGAUGGGUUACAAGCCUAAAGCUUACCUCAGAGACUUUGUCUACGUGUCUCAGGACCCCAAAGAUCAGCUGCUUUUGGGGCCAACAUACGGCACACCCAAAGUCCUGGAACGGGCCGGCUUGUCCAUGAGUGACAUUGACGUCUUUGAGUUUCAUGAGGCCUUCGCCGGUCAGAUACUGUCAAAUCUCAAGGCUAUGGACUCGGAUUGGUUUGCCCAGACGUACAUGGGAAGGAAAUCAAAGGUGGGUACUCCUCCCAUGGAGAAGUUCAACCUGUGGGGAGGCUCUCUGUCCUUGGGUCACCCGUUCGGUGCCACGGGCUGCAGGCUGGUCACCACGGUGGCUCAUCGGCUGCAGAAGGAGGGAGGACAGUACGGACUGGUGGCGGCCUGUGCUGCUGGAGGACAGGGUCACGCCAUGGUGAUUGAGGCCUACCCACAGUAAAGCAUUUAAAGUGACACCUAGGAACCGAUCCUCAUGUACAUGGUGACGGUUACACACACACACAUACUCUAACAUCUAGACAACAGUGUACAUACAGUACUCGCACCACUUUGCCUUGAUCCGACAGGAGUCGGACACAGAACGUGAGAGUGUGUGUGAACUGAAGCUUGUGUAAAUUAAACCUUCGGCUUAGCGGUCGUUAAAUUAUAGCAGGAUGCUGCUGAGGAAGUUUGGCCUUUUGAUUUUGUGGACUUCACGGAGCAUAAUGUGUCCAAUGUAACAUAGCAAGUUUAAUGAAUAAAGCACUCAGAGGUUGAAUGUUUAUAUACGCUGUUUUAUUUUUUUUUUCGUACAAACUGUGGGAAUUAAAACAAUGUGACGAUAACCACACGA